GCAACCGACAUCGACAGGGUAAAUCAUGACGUCUUCGGAACGUAUACAUAACUAUGCGCGUACGUAACCCAACCGGCCAGUACUUAUCUCGGAGCUGAAGAUAUCGAUCGCCGUUGGAUUCCGCGACACUCAAUGUCUCUCGAUAUGAUAUGCACUUUCCAUCUCGUCCCUACAGAGGUUGAUUGAACAACACUCGGUACCACAAUAUCGGCUCAGUGAUCUGCGCGGAAUACCUACCCCGCACCAAUAAGCUUCGCACAUUUAGCUCCACCCCCGCGCUCCCUGGCAAAUGAGCAGCGCACCCGGCCACGGCGUGAUAUGUGCACGUCUUUUACUUCCUGCGCGCCUGGUCUUGCCGUCGCUCUCGUUUCAGUACCCUCUCAAACUUAUCUCGUCCUCAGUGCCGUCCUCAAAAUGCCUUACCGUCUUCAUCCUUAGCUACGGUGGAGGCCUCGUCUCGAACGACAAGAUCGACCUUAGGAUUACCGUUGAAGAAGCCGCGAAGCUGUGUUUAUUGACUCAAGGCCACACCAAAGUUUUCAAGCAGAAAGACCCCUCCGAUCGCACAACCCAAACGCUUACCUGCACGCUCGAGCCCCGUUCCUCGCUCCUCCUCCUACCCGACCCGAUCCAACCCUUCGCCGCCUCAAACUACAAGCAACACCAACUCUUCCACCUUCCGGCCGACGACACCGCCUCGCUCAUCGUCCUCGACUGGGUAACCGAAGGCCGAUCCGCGCGCGGCGAGCACUGGAACCUAUCCUCGUUUAUCUCCCGGAACGAGUUCUUUUCUCCACCGAAGGGGGAGGGGCUUGCGCCGCGUCUGCUCCUGCGCGACUCGAUGGUCCUCACCGGCGACGGCGAAGCCGGCAGGCUCCUCGAGCGCAUGGAGUCGCAAACCGUCUUUGCGACGGUCAUGAUUCACGGACCUCUCUUCGUAAAGCUCGAGGAAGCGGUUCUAGAGAAGUUCAGGGAUGAGCCCCGGAUCGGCGGGAGGAACUUCGAUAAUCGAGGCGACUUCAAGAAAGACGACGAGCGCAAGGGCGGCGUUGUAUGGACGGCGGCCCGCGUGAGGGGGUUUGUGCUGGUUAAGGUUACUGGGAGGGAAUUGGAGGAGGUUAAGGUUUUCAUUAGAGGAUUGUUGCUACUCGGUGGUGGCACGGACGGAGACGGAGAGGUGGUGAGGAAGUUUGGCGAGGGCGCGUUGUUGUGCUUACAGUGAGUUUGGGUAACUUGGACGUAAAUCUUGGAUAAGGAUAAGCAAUGAGAUUAGGUGUGUGCGCACCGCCACACCUGCCACAUAUUGACGCC